GGUGCGUAGCAAUCCACCACCCUCGUUCGCGAGUAGAGCCCCGUUGAACCGAAUGAAUCAAAGAGGCGCUCCGUGCGGAUCUGUUUGAGAUUGACCACAUGUAUUCACAUUGCUUCACUUUCAGGCACAGGUUCUAUCGCCAUUCUAUGCCUUAACUUCCCAUACGGUACUCAGUCUCCUGUGGCGACCUAUCUAACACUUGCAUUCCUCUUUAUGGGCCUCGCACUUUUCUUGCUCUUCACAGCAAUCAGCGUGGCUAGGUACACGCUAUACCCUGAUAUCUGGCAUCGAAUGGUCCACCAUCCAGUUCAAAGCUUAUAUCUCGGGACGUUUCCCAUGGCAGCAGCGACACUUCUAACUGUUUCUACAACGGCUGUCCGGGAGACCUUUGGUCUCGGUCGCUCUUUCGUGUACACGCUAUGGGUGCUCUGGUGGGUCGAUGUUGUAAUAUCAAUUGCGUGUUUUUGUGGCACAUUGCAUAUGAUGAAAGGCCGUCAAGAGCACCCGCUGGAGUCAAUGACACUCAGGUGGCUGCUUCCCGUCGUUACACUGAUCGUUGUAUCCUCUACGGGAGGUGUCAUUGCACCUGUCAUUACUGCGUACUCUCCUAGUGGCGCUCUCAUUACGGUAACCUUUUGUGUGUGCAUGGUCUCUGUUGCACUACCCGUGGUGAUGAUGAUGCUCACAAUCUACCUUCUACGCUGUAUGGUAUAUGGAUAUCCUCAAGGAUCUCUCAUCUUGUCAUCCAUUUUCCCUCUGGGACCCUUUGGACAGUCUGCAUAUGCUAUCCUCCUGAUCGGGUCGGCUUUACGUUCUAUCAUCCCGGAAAGCUUUGGAGACGCACAAGGGUUGUUCCAGUCCGCAACUACACCGAUCAUAGUUCAAACUUUUUGCGUCAUGAUCGCCCUCGCACUGUGGGCAUUUGAAACUAUGUGGCUCGUGUUCGCAUUGCUGGCGAUGAGACACGCUGUAAACAAUGAAGGUCGAUUCUCAUUUCAACUAUCCUUCUGGGGCUUGAUUUUUCCGAAUGGCGUAUACGCUAAUAUCACGAUCAUUCUUGGUUCGACGUUCUCCUCCAAUUUCUUUCGCGUGUUCGGUGCCGCCUAUGCCGUUGCAACGUUCUUGUUGUGGCUCUAUGUGUUCGUGCAAACUGUACGAGUACUUCCGAGCGGACGGAUUUUUGAAAGUUCUCCUGACGAAAAGGAGAUUGCAGAGGAAAGUGUGAGCAACACAGUAUCGAUAGAUGCGGAUAAGACCCAACCUUAGAAGCUACAAAUUAUUCGAGGUAUUUACUUAGAUUUGUACCUCAGCUACCCCGCAGCGUAGUCAGCCAAUAGAAUCAAAC